AUGAAGCCACAAGACCUUGUCUGCUCCAAAUGCUGGACUGACUUCUUUAACACUGAGUCUUUCGAAAAGACUUGUACUGCCGAAGACGACGCCUACAUCCAUCAUGAGACAAGUGCUAUUUCGACACUCGACGAGAUCAAAAAUGCCUCAUCAUCCGGUUGCAAUUGGUGUAGUUUUGUUGCGACAUUCUUGGAUGGUUCAAAGCAUGGAAGCACACCUAUAAAAGUGGUGUUGCUUCCUAGUCGUGAAAGGCACCGUGCUACACCAAUGGGCCGCAAUAUCUUUUUUGUCCGCGUUUAUUAUCUAGACGGGGAAGAAGAGAAAUUUGCCGAUGUCUGCAGUAUCUAUGCUUUUACUUCCAGUAACGAUGAAGCAUCUGUACACGUGACUGCGCGUCCAUUAAGAACAGAUGUUGGCAGUCAAGCCGCUAGUUGUCAGGUGCGGUCGUGGUUCGAGGAAUGCAAAGGACACGAGGGCUGUUCAGAUCCGCACACAGAGAAUACACUUCCUACGAGGGUCAUCGAAGUCAGCCCUGUAGAUCAACUCGAACCACGGAUUAUUGAAACUGGGGGGCUCAGAGGAAGGUACGCAACUGUGUCAUAUUGCUGGGGCAGAACCCCCUUCGACACACUCAACACAUCCAACUAUGCUCAAUUCAUUAAGAGCCUUGGAACUAACACUUUGCCUCCUACCUUCCAAGAUGCCAUUGCUAUAUCACGCAGGCUUUCCAUCCCAUAUUUGUGGAUAGACGCCCUUUGCAUCGUCCAAGACUGUGAAGAUGAUAAGAAUCGGGAGAUUUCAUCGAUGAAGGAUAUCUAUGCCUCUUCCACUCUGACAAUCGUCGCUGCUUCUACACAAGACGUUCAUGAAGGGUUCCUUCAGGACAGGCCCCAUGCAAAGAAAUAUUUUACGAUACCGUUUCGCAUGAAGUCCAAUCUAUUCGGGAGCUUUUCCUUUGGCAGCCUCGACGAUGCAGCUUACGAUGAGCGUUCUGAGCCGCUGGCAAAAAGAGCUUGGACAUUGCAGGAACAACUUCUUGCUCAACGUACUGUCACCUAUGCCAGUCACACUAUGAUAUGGACCUGCAAAGCUGGUACGAAGACCUUUGAUGAUUCGGUCCAUUACCCCUAUUACGACAAUAUGGAUACAUACUCUAGCCUCAACAUAAACAAGCUACUCAUGGAUCCCGAAGACGCAAUAGUUUGGAAAUAUGAUGUGUUAAGCUGCUGGUGUCGACUCGUUUCAGCCUAUUCGCUUAGACGUGCCAGUCUUGAGAAUGACAAGCUCAACGCAGUGGCUGGAAUUGCGCUCCAUGCCUCGUUUGCCCCGGCCCUGGGUCCAGAGUAUCUUGCUGGAAUGUGGACAUACAAAUUAGCACUACAACUGACAUGGUAUGUCCAAGAUCACCACAGAGGUCUGCCUGAUGGUGAAAGACUUGAGUCAUAUCGGCCAAAUAUAUACCGCGCGCCUUCCUGGUCUUGGGCAAGUAUAGAAGGCGGCAUGAUUGAGUUCGAUGAUAUAUUUGCACCUAUAUUUGAAGCAGUUGUGAUUUGCAAAAUCUUGGAGUGCUCAACAACGCCAAGAUUGAACCAGAACCCCUUUGGGGAGGUUGUUUCGGGACAUUUAAAGGUCAGGGGUUGGUUGAGAAUUGCAUGGUUCUACCCAGAGACCUCGAAUCUUUUCUUGCUACCUCUCUCCAACGUCGAGGAUCAUGGAAAAAGCAUAAUCUCCCACCAAGAAGGCUAUGAGCAAUACAUGAAGGAUUUCGUUGCUAUGCACCCCGAUAUUGAUCUGAACGAUAGACCGGAAGUUCUACAUGGUACAUGGAAUACCAACACUGCUGGUAUCUGUGACGAGUCUCGGUUCACUGAACCAAUGGUUGUUUUCUGUCUUGGGGUAGCUUCCGAGGGGUCACAAGGAAAUAUUUCCGGUUUAUUACUAGCAAGCACAGCCGAUCAAUGCUCAUAUACGAGAAUUGGCCAGUUUAUGAGAGGAAGGAGGAAGGACUUUAGAAACAAGGAAAGAGCCAUGGAGGAGGUGAUAAUAUUAUGA